UCCAGGAUGGAGAACUUCAGGAAGGUUAAGACCUCAGAGCAAGGCAGCCCCUUGCCCUUCUCAGACUUGCCCCCGCACGUGGUGGAGAUGAGGGUGAAGGAAGGCAGCAAAAUCCGGAACUUGAUGGGCUUCGCCAUGGCCAGGAUGGAGCAGGAGGAGAUCCGCCAGAUCGUCUUCAGCGGCUGUGGACGGGCGGUCACCAAAACUAUCACCUGCGUGGAGAUCAUGAAGCGGAAGCUGGGCGGUCUCCACCAGGUCACCAAGCUGCAAUACCGGACCUUGGUGGAGGUCUGGGAGAACCAGGGACCCAGGCCAGAGGGUCCCCCUGAACACCUCACCGUCCACAAGAAUGUACCCUCCAUCUAUAUCCUGUUGUCCAAGGACUUGGUGGAUCCCAACCAAAUGGGCUACCAAGCCCCCAGCCCUCCUGCCAGCCUCUGGGCUGAGAGCAGGGCCUCCCCAAAGGGAACCAAGAGAAGAUUGCUUGCACCCCACGAAGAGGACUAG